AGUAGUAACACAUUUUCUUAACAUCUUUCUCCAGUACUCAAGAUAGACUAAUCCACAGAAGCAGUUUAUUCAAGUAUCACCCAGAGUGCCAGGAGGAACAGGAACUUUAAAGUGCUUUUAUUUACUGUUCGUUUUACAAGCUUGAAUCUGAAUUCUAUACAGUAAGAAACUGGAAAUAAAUUUACCAGGUGGAAUAUUGGGAUACUGUUUUGAAAGGACUUGACAAACGUGAAAGGUAUUAAACUGCAUUUUGUUCCAGGUCAGUGGACUCUGGAAUUAUGAGGGAAUAUAUGCUUCUGUUCCUCCUGGCUUUGUGCUCUGCUAAACCUUUCAAAAGUCCAUCACGGUUCAGUUUAAAAAAUGUAAUGCUCAUGGAUAUGGACGAUCUUGAAGAUGAUGAUGAUGAUGACGACGACGACGACGACAAUGAUGAUGAUAAUUCUCUUUUUCCAAUACCUUUUGAUUUAUUUCCGGUAUGCCCUUUUGGAUGUCAGUGCUACUCAAGAGUUGUUCACUGUUCUGAUUUGGGCUUGACUGCAAUUCCUAAGAACAUUCCAUUUGAUACUCGAAUGAUAGACCUUCAAAACAACAAAAUAAAAGAGGUUAAGGAAAAUGAUCUCAAGGGACUUACAUCAUUAUAUGCACUUGCCUUGAACAACAACAAGAUAACUAAGAUCCACCCCAAAGCCUUUCGAUCAGCAAAGAAGUUGCGACGCCUCUACUUGUCUCAUAAUCAUUUAACUGAGAUUCCUGAAAAUCUGCCAACAAGUUUAGCUGAGAUAAGAAUCCAUGAUAACAAAGUUAAAAAAAUACACAAAGCAGCAUUUAAAGGAAUGAAGUCUUUACACGUUCUAGAAAUGAGUGCAAAUCCUCUUGAUAAUGAAGGAAUCGAACCUGGGGCAUUUGAAGGUGUGACAGCCUAUCACAUAAGAAUUGCAGAAGCUAAAUUAACCUCUAUCCCCAAAGGGUUGCCAUCCAGCCUACUGGAACUUCACUUAGAUGACAACAAAAUCUCUAGAAUUGAGCUUGAGGAUUUCAUUCGGUACAAAAAUCUGCAAAGAUUGGGACUGGGAAACAACAGAAUCAAAGAGGUGGAAAAUGGAAGCUUUGUGAAUAUACCAAAUAUACGAGAAAUACAUUUAGAAAAGAACAAAUUGAAAAAAGUGCCUUCUGAUAUUCCAAGUCUGAAGUAUCUGCAGGUCAUCUUCCUUCAUUCUAACAGCAUUUCAAAAGUGGGAGUGAAUGAUUUUUGCCCAACAGGAGGAAGGCUGAAGAAAACAUUAUACAGUGGAAUUAGUCUAUUCAAUAAUCCUGUAAAAUACUGGGACAUCCAACCAGCAACAUUUCGCUGUAUAUUAAACAGAAGCAGUGUGCAAAUAGGAAAUUAUGGAAAAUAAGAUCCAAAACCUAGUUCAAGCAUAAAUGCUGAAACCAGUAUCUGAAUACUUGAAAUCUGUUGAAGAUGCACAAUUUAUAUUGUCCAACUGUUCAACAAAACACUUACAAUUAUUUCAGAGUCUGUUAAUCCGUAAUGUACUAUAGCACACUAUUCCUUUAAUCUAUACUUUCCAGUUUACAACUCCUGUAAUUAAGCAAAUGAUUGAGAUGAAAGGCUUUUUGAUCACUAAACUGGAAAUUAUCAUUGAUUGUACCUUAUCAUUAUUGUCCAAGCCAUUUAUGUUGACUUUUUUCUUAAAAGAAAAUAAUGUAAAGUUUCAGAACUUAGUUAAGCUAAUUAUCUAUGUAAAGGUCUCCUGUAUAAGUAUUUAUCAGACUUCAAGGGGGCGCUUGUGAGGUUUUAAGAUAACAAAAGUAAAUUAAACUGGCUGAAUAUAAAUUUAAAAGGUACUGUACUAUUAAUUUGAUGGAAUAUCAUCAAGUCAGACUAGAUAGUAUUUAAAUAAUCAUUGUAAACUGAAAGACACGAUUGAUACCAUACACUUAAUAGCCUCAAAACCUGUAGUAUUUAUUCAUGUAGUUUCCCAGUAAUAUUGUACACUAUUUUAGCAUACAGGCUAAACAUAUAGGAAACGUAUAGGGUGUUGUUGCUGUUGUUUUAGAAAAUAAUACAUUCUCUGUAGGGCCAGUACAAAUAUAUCAUUUUGUUAUAUAUUAAAGAAAAACCCUUUCCUCCAACAGAUAAAUCAAGGCACAGUGCAAAUGUGACCACAUGAGACUCUUUGUUGAUAAGGCAAAUGUCUAUGUACCCACAGUGAUUCUGAAUAUAUGUAGCAUUAUCAUGCUGAUAAAUGAAAAAAUAAGCUGCUGCAUGUCGAUAUGAAAUAUGGGCAUGUGCAAAUUGGAGCCACUAAAUUUUGGCCGUAACAUGUUGAUCUAGUUUUUCAAUUCCAUAUUACUGUUUGGGUACUGUAACUUUGUAGAAUACAACCCGCAUUUAAUACAAAAAGUAUUUCAUCAUAGUUGAUGACAGUACUGUAUGGAAGUGGCAAUCUUAACUAUGUAUUUAGUGCACAUGUGUUAUUCAGGUUAACAGUAAGUUAAAUGAAUUUAAAAAUUAUAAAUUGUAUCUCAUUAAAAAUA